AGAGAAAGAGAGAGAGACACAGAGAGGCUGACUCGCCCGCCUAGAAUAAGCAGCGCAAAGAGCCGAGGCGCGGCGCAGGGAGUUGCGGUGGUCGUUCUUUCCUCAUCUGGAGCGAACAGGCAAUCUGUUCAACGUUUCACAAAACCAAAUGCCAGGUCCUACCCAAGCACUGUCCCCAAAUGGAGAGAACAAUAACGACAUCAUUCAGGACAAUGGAACCAAUAUCAUCCCUUACAGAAAAAAUACAGUGCGAGGAGAGCGCGCCUACAGUUGGGGCAUGGCAGUCAACGUGUAUUCUACCUCAAUCACCCAGGAGACUAUGAGCAGGCAUGACAUCACUGCCUGGGUGAAUGAUCUGCUCUGUCUAAACUACACGAAAGUGGAGCAGCUCUCAUCAGGUGCUGCUUACUGCCAGUUUAUGGAUAUGCUAUUCCCUGGCUGCAUCAGUCUUAAGAAGGUGAAGUUCCAGGCCAAACUGGAGCAUGAAUACAUUCAUAACUUUAAACUUCUUCAAGCCUCCUUCAAGAGGAUGAAUGUGGACAAGAUUAUUCCAGUAGAGAAACUUGUAAAGGGACGAUUUCAAGACAACCUGGACUUCAUUCAAUGGUUCAAAAAGUUCUUUGAUGCUAAUUAUGAUGGUAAGGAGUAUGACCCUGUGCAGGCACGACAGGGCCAAGAUGCUAUUCCUCCCCCAGACCCUGGAGAGCAGAUUUUCAACCUGCCAAAGAAGUCUCACCAUGCAGCCAGCUCCCCUACAGCAGGAGCUACUAGAUCAUCAACUUCAACUCCUAAAUCGUCCACAUCAACCUCACGACCCUCUUCAGCCAAAAAGAUCCCUGUGAUGUCAUCAACACCCGCCAAGGGAGAGAAGGAGCUGGAGGCUCAAGUAGCACAACUUAACGAACAGCUGAACACAUUAAAGCUUGCGCUGGAGGGUGUGGAGAAGGAGAGGGAUUUCUACUUUGGGAAGCUUCGGGAGGUGGAGCUGCUGUGCCAGGAGCAGGGCCAGGAUAACGGGCCCUUCGUGGAGAGACUUAUGGAAGUGCUAUACUCCACAGAUGAACAAGAGGCCAGCGCAGAAGGAGAGGAACAUGAGGCCCUGGCACAGGAAGGGGAGGUCCCUGAUGACACACAGGAUGAAUACUGAACACCAUCAAAUACACACAUGCAUACACACACACACACACACACACCAUUUGUGAAUUUUUCCCUCAGCCACUUUCUCCCUCCUUCACCUUUUCUCAUAUUUUAUUUUCUGCUUGAAGAUGGUGUAAGAGAAACAGUCCAAAAUUGCCACUUGAUUUUUUUCUUGUGUUUUGUGACACUUGACUAAAAUGCUAAAUCUAAUUCCUGUACACGCCUCCCUGCUGAAAUUGCAACUCAGCCCAUCCACAUGUUUUCCCCUAGAGGAUCAUAAGGCUGAACAAAGACAUUUUCUUUUUCUCCACAGCACCAUUGCUUUGUGAUGUUACAGUUAAUGAAGGAUUGAUGGCUUUGUUUCGUUUUCUGUGGAUUGUCAGCUUCUUUCUCACCCAUACUGUACUGAUUAAACAUUUAAAGUUGACAUAUCGAGCCAUGUAAUCAGGACAACAUUCUGCAUUAAGAUCCCUAUGUUAAUGAACAUAAUCAGCCUCCCAGUUGAUUCAAUAUUCUGCUUCUAUACGUGGAAUAGAACUGCAUGUUAGGAAUAUUCAUUAUUGCUUUGGACCCCAACAGAUCUGAGCUGAGGUAUGUUUGACAGUGUGACUGUAUUGCUCUCCCUGACCAUCAUACAACAAAUAGAAAUCUAAGCCAUUUGGGUAGCUUGCUGUCUCAACUUCACAAACAUAGAAGUCCAUUAUUGCUAUUUGGUAAGACUGAAUUUCAAUUUCAGCCAUGUAGUUUGUUUUAUAGUCUUUAAUUAUGUUAAGAAGCCUGCCACACUCUGGAAAAGAAAAACAAAACAUGUAUAUUGAAAAUAUUUUAAUAUAAUUUUAAAGUACAGGUCAGUGCAGAACUAACACUCUCCUCACUGAACUACUGGACAGAAUCCAGUAUUCCAGUACAUUGUAUACUGUUUCAUGCUGUUGCAUUUAGUUCCAUUAUGAGCUCCACAGAUCAAGUCAUUUACUAUCGUGUACAAUGAAAAGGAAUGUAAACAUAUGUACUGUUAAUAAUUAUUAUAAAUAGAAAAUGUUUUUUUUUUCUCUCAGUAUCCCUCCAUUAUGCAUUCCCCAAACUGUGUUGCAUGUUUUCAUUUUAUUUGUGAAUAACUCGACCUGCUUUUUACAUAUUUAAUACAAAACAAAAUGUUACGUGUUUUUUGUAUGUUUAACUCGCUAUUUUAAAUCUCUGGAGAGAUGAAUGAACUUGCCGUAAUAAAAUUCUGUCACUUUCAAAAUUAA